AUGGAGUUCCGCCAGGAGGAGUUUCGGAAGCUGGCGGGUCGCGCCCUCGGGAAGCUGCACCGCCUUCUAGAGAAGCGGCAGGAAGGUGCAGAGACGCUGGAGCUGAGUGCUGACGGGCGCCCGGUGACCACACAGACACGGGACCCACCGGUCCUGGACUGCACCUGCUUCGGCCUCCCUCGCCGCUACAUCAUCGCCAUCAUGAGUGGGCUGGGCUUCUGCAUCAGCUUUGGCAUCCGCUGCAACCUGGGCGUGGCCAUUGUCUCCAUGGUCAACAACAGCACGACCCACCACAGGGGCCACGUGGUGGUGCAGAAAGCCCAGUUCAGCUGGGAUCCAGAGACUGUCGGCCUCAUACAUGGCUCCUUUUUCUGGGGCUACAUUGUCACCCAAAUUCCUGGAGGAUUUAUCUGCCAAAAAUUCGCAGCCAACAGGGUUUUCGGCUUUGCUAUCGUGGCUACAUCCACUCUUAACAUGCUGAUCCCUUCGGCUGCACGCGUACACUACGGCUGCGUAAUCUUCGUGAGGAUCCUGCAGGGGUUGGUAGAGGGAGUCACCUACCCCGCCUGCCACGGGAUCUGGAGCAAAUGGGCCCCGCCCUUAGAGCGUAGUCGCCUGGCCACUACGGCCUUCUGCGGUUCCUAUGCUGGGGCAGUGGUCGCGAUGCCCCUCGCCGGGGUCCUGGUGCAGUACUCGGGAUGGAGUUCCGUGUUCUAUGUCUACGGCAGCUUCGGGAUCUUCUGGUACCUUUUCUGGUUGCUGGUCUCCUACGAGUCCCCGGCGCUGCACCCCAGCAUCUCGGAGGAGGAGCGCAAAUACAUCGAGGACGCCAUCGGCGAGAGCGCCAAACUCAUGAACCCCGUCACGAAGUUUAACACUCCCUGGCGGCGCUUCUUCACGUCCAUGCCUGUUUACGCCAUCAUAGUGGCCAAUUUCUGCCGCAGUUGGACGUUCUACUUGCUCCUCAUCUCCCAGCCCGCCUACUUCGAAGAGGUGUUCGGCUUCGAGAUCAGCAAGGUGGGCCUGGUGUCAGCGCUGCCCCACCUGGUCAUGACCAUCAUCGUGCCCAUCGGCGGCCAGAUCGCAGACUUCCUGCGGAGCCGCCGGAUCAUGUCCACCACCAACGUGCGCAAGUUGAUGAACUGCGGGGGCUUCGGCAUGGAAGCUACGCUGCUGCUGGUUGUCGGCUAUUCACACUCCAAGGGCGUGGCCAUCUCCUUCCUGGUCCUCGCAGUGGGCUUUAGCGGCUUCGCCAUCUCCGGGUUCAACGUGAACCACCUGGACAUCGCCCCGCGCUACGCCAGCAUCCUCAUGGGCAUCUCCAACGGAGUGGGCACGUUGUCGGGCAUGGUGUGCCCCAUCAUCGUGGGUGCCAUGACUAAGCACAAGACUCGGGAGGAGUGGCAGUACGUGUUCCUAAUCGCCUCCCUGGUACAUUAUGGGGGUGUCAUCUUCUACGGGGUCUUUGCUUCUGGCGAGAAGCAGCCAUGGGCGGAGCCUGAGGAGAUGAGUGAAGAGAAAUGUGGCUUCGUUGGCCACGACCAGCUGGCUGGCAGUGACGACAGCGAAAUGGAGGAUGAGGCUGAGCCCCCUGGGGCGCCCCCUGCUCCACCUCCCUCCUACGGGGCCACACACAGCACAGUUCAGCCCCCGAGGCCCCCGCCCCCUGUCCGGGACUACUGA